AAAGGAGUGUCAUUAGACUCUGAACUGCCUGGAGCCAUGAGGGCAGUACUGUUGGCUGUGGUUUACAUCCCAUUCAUCGUGGCUGUGGAACGAAUCCCCUUGAUUCGAUUCAAAUCUAUCAAGAAGCAGCUGAAGGAAAAGGGAGAAUUAGAGGAGUUUUGGAGGAAUCACCACCCUGAUGUUUUUGCCCGGAGGUAUCUGCAUUGUUUCCCUGCAGUUAUUGAUUUGUCAGUAGGAACUGCUUCAGAAAGGCUGUAUGAUUACAUGAAUGCUCAGUACUACGGGGUCGUGAGCAUCGGGACCCCGCCCCAGCGCUUCACCGUCGUGUUCGACACCGGCUCCUCCAACUUCUGGGUCCCGUCCGCCUACUGCAUCAGCGAGGCCUGCAGGGUGCACGAGAAAUUUAAGUCCUUCAAGUCAGAUUCAUAUGAGCACGGAGGGGAAGCCUUCUCCUUGCACUAUGGCUCAGGACACCUUCUGGGCAUUGCUGGCAAAGACACACUGCAGAUAAGUAACAUCUCCAUCAAGGGACAGGACUUUGGUGAGUCGGUGUUUGAGCCAGGAGCAACGUUUGUCCUUGCCCACUUUGAUGGUGUCCUGGGCUUAGGCUACCCCUCCUUAGCAGUGGGAAAUGCUCUGCCUGUGUUUGACAGCAUCAUGAACCAGCACCUGGUAGAGGAGCCAAUCUUCUCUUUCUAUCUGAAAAGAGGAGAUGACACUGAGAAUGGUGGUGAGUUGAUUCUGGGGGGAAUAGACCAUUCUCUCUACAAAGGCUCAAUCCACUGGGUCCCAGUCACGGAGAAAAGCUACUGGCAAAUACACAUGAACAAUAUAAAGAUCCAGGGCCGGGUGGCAUUUUGCUCCCAUGGCUGUGAAGCCAUCGUUGACUCGGGCACUUCUCUUAUCACCGGCCCCUCUUCACAAAUCAGGCGAUUGCAGGAAUAUAUUGGGGCAAGUCCAUCAAAUACUGGAGAGUUUCUCGUAGACUGCAGAAGAUUGUCGAGCUUGCCUCACAUCAGCUUCACGAUCGGACACCACGAAUACAAGCUGACAGCAGAGCAGUACAUCAUAAAGGACUCUAUUGAUGACCAAACCUUCUGCAUCAGCGGCUUUCAGUCUCUCGACAUCCCCACUCGCACUGGCUCACUCUGGAUUUUAGGAGAUGUCUUCAUGUCUGCAUUUUACUGUAUUUUCGACCGUGGCAAUGACAGAGUGGGAUUUGCAAAAGCUGUUCACAGGAAGGAUUACUACUGAGCCAUAAUAGCAUUUAUUCUGUCUUAAGUUAAUGUAAUGAUCUUCAACACAUGUGUGAGGAAGAGCUUUUACUGAAGCUCUGGACAUAAAUGCACAUUGUGUUGUCCCCCUCCAAGUUUUAAGGACUUUGCAGUGAUCCUUGUCCCAGAUGAUAUAGUUUGGUUAAAUAUCUAUACGUUUACAAUGGAAAAACUAUUUUUCCUGAGUAACUCAUGGGCACUACAGCUCUCAGGAUAAAGCAGCAGAGAAGCUCAGCACUGAGAUUUGCAAAAGAUCAGGAAGAAUAAAAAUGAUGAACUGUGCCAGGCUGAAAAGAUAGCAGCUGUGUGUGGGGAAAACUAAUCCUAGUCCUGCCUGGUCUGGCUAUCCUUUUUUUCUUCUUGUACGCUAGUUUCCACUUCAUUUCCUACAGCUUUCCUUUCCAUCAUUUUUUUUUUCAUGGUUUGGGUUUUGUUCAACUUUGUUUCCUGAGUGCCAUGGAAAUUCUCUUUAGAUUAGCUUGCUCCAACCAGCUUAUAUAAAGGAGAAUUUGACUGAUGCCUGUUUGACCACUAAUUUCAACUACUGUUCCUUGCACGAUAUCCUUCUCCUUACACCACCUCUCAAACCUGCUUUUUCCCUGUGAUUCAUUAUCCCUUGAUAAUUCUCCUUUUUUGGGUCUCAGCAUUUGACAUCCAUGCCUGAGGUCAGAUGCUACUUUUAGUGCCUGAUUUCUCUGUCCCUCGGUGGUGUGAGCAGCUGGAGCAGCAUCUAUUCACUUUAAGAAAACCCAGACUGCAGCCCGUGCGAGGGGAUACCAGUGUUCCUCCACCUCAGAUGAGUUAUGGGAUCCAUGCACCAGCACUACACAUCCAUUGCUCCUUGCUCAGUCGCUUGUCAGAAGUGGAGUUUCAGAUGAAACAGCACAGGUAGCUGCGCUGAUUUGGCAGAAGAUGCACCUAAAUUUUACCCAUUUGUAGUAUUUGUUUGGAUUGCUAAAGCUGAUACUGCCCCCAUACACAUGAAUAAAACUAAACAAAAAAA